AUGUUUAAAAAUAAGUUUUGUAAAAAUGUAAUAACUUUCAUUGUGUUAACAUUCAUCAAUAAAGUUUGUGGUCAAAGCAUCAAACAAUGUGCUGAAUAUCAAAUAAAUUUUGAAAAGAUUCUCGGAUUUCGACCGCCGAAAUUUUCUUCAUCAUCGGAAAAUUACGGAAAAUCUUAUGAAGAAAAGAUUCUUUUUAAAACGCUGCCACAAACCCCAUCAGUGAUUAAUUUACAAUGCAUGGAGUUGUGUAAAAAUGAUCACAAUUGUGAAAGUUAUGUUUUAAACUUCAAUAAAUCGGAAUGCUACGGUUUCACUAGUAACGAAAAACGAUUGGAAGUACACAACCUUCGACGUCUAGAUGAUCAUGAACUUGUUGAAGAUAUCAGUGUUGUUUACUUUGUCAAAACAUGUCUAAACAUUCCACUGACAUGUAAAACUACUUUAUGGCCACUGUUGCGAAUACCCGGCAGUUCACUCAUCGGACGUGGCUAUCUGACAAUAAACAAACUCGUAACACGACGUGAAUGCGUUGAAAAAUGUCUUUUUGAAUCAUCCUUCAAAUGCCGAUCAGUUUCAUUUCAAAUCUCACAACGCAACAACAUGGUUCGAAUGGGAUUUUCAAAUAUUCUGAAUAAAAGUAUAAUGGGACGUUGCAUAUUGAGUCGAGAUGAUAAAAACACCGAACCAGACUCAUUUCGUGUCGCUCAAGUCAACGACGAAUAUAUCGAAAAUCAAUGUCAAGUUGUGACUAAUGGCGCUGAUGAAAAGUUCCUUGAUGAUCUUUGUGCUUACGAACAUUACCCAGAAAGCUCUUUAAUUUAUGCUGAACGUGAAUACAUCGGACUUUCAGAUCGUGAAUGUCAAGAGAAAUGCUUCAAAGAGAAAUUCUUUUUUUGUAAAGGUUUAACUUACCAAAAGAGAGAACGAAUCGAUAAUUCGCGAUGUUUCAUUCAUUCGGAAGACGUCGUUUCAAUGGGUCCACGAACAGUCGUUCCGAUGCGAAACUCUUAUUAUAUGAAAAGGGUACAAUGUCUCAAUCUAAAUAUUCGUUGUACGUCUAAUGAAAUGAUCAUCAGAUAUCAUCCACGGCAGUUCUUUCAAGGUCGAAUGUAUACCGAAAAUCAUCCAGACGAGUGUGGGGUGUCUGGUUCAAGUUAUGGCCCAACAUUCUUAACACUUCCGAUAGGAUCGUCAUUGAAGGAGCAGCGUUGUGGGAUAAUUCGUGCUUUUGAUUUUGAAUCACCAAAUCGAACUUUAAUCUUCACUCAUAUCAUUAUUCAAAAUAAUCCCGUGGUGAUGAUGCAAAGCGAUCGUUACAUAAAAGUUGGUUGUAUUUCGAAAUACAAUCGUACGAGUGCCAAUGGAAUACCAGACUUUGUGUCGCUAGAAACAUCAAUGGAAUUCGGUAAUAAAGACUACGAUGGAAGUGGCUCGUUAGUGAUUGAUGACGGUGGAGAUGUGCCAACACUUAAUGUAUUCAUUUUGGAUCCGAUUGAAGAUAUUCCAAUUAAAGAAGCACGAAUUGGACAAAUAUUGAAGCUUGUAAUCUCGAUGGAAUCUCAUAUCGAUAAUUAUGAUCUUCGUGCAAUUAAUUUAACAGCAACUUCUGAGUUUGAUCGAUUGGAACUUAUCGGACCGACAGGUUGUCCUAAAAAUUCUGCAAUUUUUCCAGCACUUCAACAUGAGACAAAAAGUCGAUCCCGACAACUUGUCACUAAAUUUAAAGCUUUCAAAUUUGCUUCGUCAUCUCAACUUAAAUUGAGUGUCUCAAUUCAAUUUUGUUACAAGACUUGUAAACCAGUUAAUUGUGGCUAUGGAGUGAUCUCACAUGGUCGACGAAGAAAGCGUCAAACAUCGCCAUCACUUGUAACGAAAGAUGAUUCAAUUUCGGUUACAUUUCCUGAUGAAGUUGAUCAACUUACAACAUUAGAGGAUGACGCAGAAGUAACAACGAUAACUUAUGAAGAAACUUCAUCAACAGAGCUUACAAACGUGUCAAUUCCAUCGGAUCAAAUGCUAGCUAAAGAAACGUUAAAGUCAUCAGGCAUUCGAGUUGAUGCAUUUGGAAAUCCUAUUGGCAUUCAGCAAUAUCUCGGAGGAUUGCGUGACAAAGAAAACGAAGUUUCUGUUGACGAAACGAAUCAAGGAAAGAACAUUGAGAAGAUAAUGACAGUGCCACUUGAUGUUACUUUAAUCGUUCUCGAGGCAGAUGUGAAUGGAACUGAUCGUUUAGUGAUUGGUGAUGUUGAUCAAGUUUAUGUUGCUGGUUUAGCUUCUUCAAACAGUCUUUGUCUUGAUCAAUCUCUUCUUCUUGCUAUUUUAAUCUUUUGGAUUAUUUUCCAAACUUUAAUUCUGGUGGGAUGUUGCAUCAUGGUGAAACGUUAUCGAAAGUUUCGUGAAAUGGAAGACGAUCAGAGUUCAUUAGAAAAUCCAUACUAUCAAGAUUCUUUGGAUAAUCGACACGUUCGUUGGGCAGAUCAAGGAAGAAUUCAUAGCGACGUCGUUUAUCUUCAAUGA